CGUGGCUGAACUUCGGAUAAGUGAAGUGCUCUCUGUCAAAAUAUCAACUUUUCUUGAACUCCUCGCUGAUCUUACUUCAAAUGAGCAGAGCCCGCUUGAGCUUCCUCCACAUUGCGCCGACGCUCGUGGCGCUGUGGGCGGCGACGGUUACAUGGAGUAGCGUAGGUGCUGACGGGCAUGAUGUGCUGAUCAACCUCACCAUAAGCACUCCCGGAGAUGUGAACAUCUACAAGUCUUUCCAGACGAACGAAGAAAAUCUGAAGAGGUUUAACCUGACGGCGGAGGACAUGUCAGAGGGGAAUGUUCAUCUCAACUCUCAUGGCGAGGUUGACGAGAUCGAAGUGAAAGGAAUGAAGAUUCCCUUGCAUCUGGACCUGAGGAAGGAAAUCGAGGGGCUAACCUACUCGUAUCUGACGGUGGACAAGAAGACUUGGUCAGUGCGGGUUGGCGACUUCAAUAAUGUCACUCUUGAUGAUUUUAAGGAUGACCCUAAUCUGGUGCCCGAAAAUAUGACCCUGGACUGGUCCUUAAUUCCUGCGUAUACCCCAAAUCCUGCAAAUAUAUCCUUGAAAUCGGGUGUGAUGGAAGCCAGUAUCCACUUUAAUAACGAUACACUGUUGUUCGAGUAUUUGGAAGGGGAAGUGAAAGUGGGGAAGUGGGUGCCCAUCCUCCCCUACACCGGAUUGUUCCUUCGAGUCAUCAAUCCUCACACUCGACAGCUUACCUUCAGCAAGUACUUUUCAACCGAUUACUUCAUGGACAAGGAAUUCUUGGAGAAUAUACGGAACCUCAAGAAAGGUCGAAUUGCCAUCGUCGCUUCCUUUUACGACGUAACUGGCCACUUUGAAACACCAGUGAGGGACGCCCUUGAGGAAUGUGGAUCUUUCGCAGCGCAGCACCUCAGAUUCCGUGACCUUUGGGCGUGGGUGUGGCAGGUGGGCGGAGCGACCUUAGCAGAAGGAUUGGUCACCAACCAAAAUGGAAUCGAAACCAUCCCACCGCCUUUGUACUUGUCCCUGCAGAUACCAGCGGUCAAUGCAUCAGAGCGUUUCUGCGAAGACUGGCCGACGGGUGGCACUUGGGAGAAGAGGAAACAGUUUUGUGAUACUUACGACGGAUAUGGAGAUCUGUGUUCUUGCGACAACCCUUUCCCAACAACCGCCGAUAACCCGAAAAUGGACACAUGGCGUGAAGACAUUGGCAUCUUGCUGGUGACAGGGAAUCGCCCGCAGUAUUUAUAUAGGCUGUUACGCCAAGUCCUUCUGCAACCUGGCGUGAAUAAGACGCAGAUUUUCGUGUCCAUUGACGGAUUUCACGAGGAACCUGUGAAACUGGUGGAGAUUUUUGAACUUAAGUACCUAAUUCAUCAUCCAGUAGGGGUAGGAUCACCAAGGAUUUCUAGAACUGGCAAAUGA